AUGAUACGCGACGCAGUACUGGAGAACGAAUUCCGAAAGCUGCCCAAUCCAACGUCGUCCAGAAACGACAAACUGGUGCACAACCUGUCGUCAAAGGAGCUGACGAAGGAUAAAAUGCAGGUUUUAAGGCACGAAGCUUCAUUCAAGACGACUGACGCCAAACCUGUUAACAUGAUUGCAGCAGUGGAAUCAAUCCUUAGUCAGACGGAGGCCACUGAGGAGACUAAGAGCCUCCUCAGACACCAAGUGUCGUCUCUCCCAAUGGGCCACAGGCCGCGGAAAGUGCUUUCCAAGGCUGAACGUGAUGCGCUUAGAGAACUCAAGGCCGACAAAAACUUGGUCAUCGUUCCAGCGGACAAAGGACGCGCCACAGUUGUACUGGACAGGACAGACUACCUUCAAAAAGCCAAAGGUUUACUGGAGGACCGACAGUUCUGUGUCCCAUGUGCAACGAACCCUGUAAAAGCGCUGACACGCGAAAUCAAUCCUACGUUGUUGGCCUUGAAGAACUCAGGUGCAAUAACAUCGACCGAGAGACGCAUGGCGAGACCCCAAGAUACGGCUUUGGCCUGA